AUGCCACCACAUAUUUCUGCACCAAACAUAGAAAGACGCCCCGUGGAAUUUGUGCAUACAAUUUCGGAGGCUGGCCGUUUGCUUCCUUCGGCAAGCAGAUGGAACUCAAUAGAGCUUGAUUUCAGGAUCCUCCCUCAGUCUUCCACCGCUUAUGAUUCGCUCCCCUCCCGCUUCUCCAAAUCGUUUGAUUAUGAUCUCGUUAUCACCAACAAGAAUCACCUGAAACGUUUUGCUUACAUUUCAGCCUCAACAGUUCUUGUCAUUCUAGCACUCAUUUUGCUCCUACAUUUUCUGCCUCACAAGCACAAACAUCACGGCUCUUCUAAGAAUCUAACGCUCGCAGUGAACCAAGCUCUGACUUUCUUUGAUGCGCAGAAGUCCGGGCAUUAUCCGAAGAGUAGCCCCGUAAAGUUUCGAGGAAAUUCAGGAUUGCAGGACGGAAACUAUGGUAGUGUAGUGCAUGCAGAUCUUGUGGGAGGUUUUUAUGACUCAGGGAAUAACAUAAAGCUCAGUUUUCCCACAGCAUAUACCAUUACUAUGUUGAGUUGGACAGUGAUUGAGUAUCACCAAAAAUAUGCUGAGAUAGAUGAGCUGAAUCAUGUCAAGGACAUCAUCAAAUGGGGCACUAAUUAUUUGCUCAAAGUCUUCAUUCCUCCUUCAAAUGCAAGUUCAAAUACCAUAUUGUAUUCCCAGGUUGGAAUUGCAGGCAAUGAAACGUCUGGUCCAAGUGACAUAGACUGCUGGCAAAGACCAGAGGACAUGGAAUAUCCUAGACCCGUUUCAUCUUGUGACAGCUCAGUCGCCUCCAAUCUAGCAGGGGAAAUUGUGGCAGCAUUGUCAGCAGCAUCAUUAGUCUUCGAAGAAGACCACGAUUACUCGGGGAAACUAGUAAAAGCAGCAGAGAAGCUAUUUGAACUCGCGAGUAAAAAGGAUCCUUCUCAGCAAGGAACAUACACAAGUAUUGAAGAAUGUGGAAAAGAAGCAAGAAACUUCUAUAACUCAUCUGGGUACUUAGAUGAGCUGGUUUGGGGAGGAACUUGGUUGUUUUUCGCCACGGGGAAUGUUUCUCAUCUUGAAUAUGCCACAACGUUGUUUAGUGUAGCACAGAGUAAUGAGACAAGUAUUGAAAAAGGGAUAUUAUAUUGGAACAACAAGCUUCCUGCUAUUGCUGUUUUGCUUACACGUCUCCGAUUCUUUCAUGAUCUCGGCUUUCCACACGAAUCUGCUAUGCAAGAAUCUGCUAGCAUGAUUGACUCCCUAAUGUGCUCUUAUGUUUAUGGUGGAAAUUUCGACAAGACAACAGGUGGAUUGAUCCUGCAAAGGCCUAAAGAUGGGGCGCCACUACAAUUUGCCGCAACAGCUUCUUUCCUCAGUAAAUUGUACAGCGACUAUCUCGGUCAACUCAGGUCGGGCGGAAGUUGCGGUGACAAUAGAUUUUCCAUACAAAUGUUGAGGAUUUUCUCCACAUCUCAGGUGGAUUACAUUCUAGGAGAUAAUCCAAUGAAGAUGAGCUACAUGGUGGGAUUUGGACGCCAAUAUCCAACCCAAGUUCACCAUAGGAGUGCAUCCACUCCUUGGGAUGGCAAGUAUUACUCUUGUCAUGGUGGAGACAAAUGGUUGCACUCCAAGGACCCAAACCCGAAUAUUCUAGUUGGGGCAAUGGUAGGUGGACCGGACCGAUUUGACAAGUUUGAAGACCAAAGGGGCAAACCAAGAUUCACUGAGCCCAGCAUUUCAAGCAAUGCUGGCUUGGUUGCGGCUCUUAUUGCACUUCAUGACCCUCCUCCAAGAGAUUCUUCAGCCUCUAAUUUGGGAUUAGACCUUUCUGGCCUCUUUAAAAACAUACGAUCAAUCCCUGGAGCUCCUUGA